AUGAAGUGGCCUAUGCUGGCGAUGGUGCUUUGCCAUCUGGCAGGACAGGCCCUUGUCUUGGCCGCACGUCGAAGUUCGUGCAGCUGCGACUGUUGUGAGACCGCAGCCAGCCGCGAACAAGACUUCCCAGGAGGUAUGCAGUGCAGUUUCGCUCAGCCAAAAGCCACAACCGCGCCGAGGUGCGACAGCCUUUGUGCCAAGCAUGCAGAUGACAACACAAUUGAGUCAGCCCAGAGCUUCUUGGACACCGAGCGUUUCUGCUUCGUGGAGUGCGUGCCGAGCAAGGAAGACCUCCGAGCGGGGGACACCUGUCGACCUAUGUCCUUCGAGGAAAAGAAGUCCUCACGUGGAGAGGGGAACAUUCGUCUACCGAAGCCCAGUGCCGUUCAGCACUUGAGGAAAAAGUCUUGGCAGACAGUCUUGGCUCGGGAGCCAAAGAAGCCUGAAGCUCCCAAGGCAUGGGCCUCCCUGGAAGGCUCAGACAUGGAGAAGGCUUUGAAAGAUGGGAAGAUGGCAGCCACCAAGGCCAUGGAGGAAGCGAAGGCCGUCCAGCAAGCCAGCUAUGCAGGCUUUUCCGUGGUGUCCAAAGCAGCCCGGGCUGAGGAAGAUGCCCGCAAAGCGGCUGUCAUGGCGAUGAACACCGAAGAGAAGGUUCGCAAGGUGCUAGACAUGGCAAAGAUGGAAGCCCAUGCGGAAGCUUUUGGGGUACUCCAGGAGGUCUUGCCUCCUAUGCAACAGGCAGCUAGAGUUGCUGCGAAGACCAGCGCAAUGGCGGGGCCGGCGUCCCAGUCCGAGGAGGCCCAAAAAAAGCAGGUCUUGGCAACCUCCAAGGCUGCUGCAGAUGGCAUGAAGCCAUGGUCCGAUGCCAUGCAGAAUGCCGUGAAAGUGCGGGAUGCUUAUGCCUCUCGAGGCAAGGAGCUGGCCGAGGCAUCCUUGGCAGCGGAGCGCAAUGCACAGUACCUCGAGAAGGAAUCCCGCGCGUGGCAGACGCUACAGACCCCACAGGCAGAGCGGAAAGCCAGCAGUCUGCACUCAAAAGCCCAAGAGUUCAUGGCCACGGCUUCGGAGAAUGACGAGAGGGCGAACAAGUACUUUGACAUUGCUAGGUCCAUCGAUGGUAGCCUGCCAUCGUACUCUCAGCAGGCAGAACAGGGCGCCUACCACGCAAUGGCCAUGGUGUCUCCUGACGUUCCGGCCCCAUUGCCACCACUUGCAAUGGUGCAGAGGUCUGAGAGGUGA